CACAAACCACAACAUUCACACCAUCAUGACUUUCUCCACUAGAUCAGGACUCUUCUUCUUGUUCUUAACACUUCUUCUUUUCUCCAAUCAACUCAACGCAAGAGACAGCUACUCAUUUGGUAAGUUCCAGAGCCAAUACCCAAAUGAACAAAACCCAAACAAUCUCCAGACCAACGAGACGAACGAGCAAGAAAACCAGAACCCUCCAUUUAUGCCCGAGACCGAAAACGGGUACGGAUUGUACGGUCAGGAGACAACCUACAACAACAAUGAAGAUCAGUUAAAUAACAAAAAGUACGACGACUCUUUCUCAACCCCAAGCCUAAGCCAAACCCAAGAAUCUUACAAGACCUAUGAAGAUAACUAUCCUAAGACGACAGAGAGUUACAACAAAAACAACAAGUACUCAAGCUACUACGAAAACUCCAACGGCUACAGGCCUGAGAAGGAGGCGUACACAAGUUAUAGCAACAACGUGGAGAGACAAGAGAUGAGUGAUAAGAGUUACAAAGAAAACAACAAGGAUUCGAGCUACGACGAAAACUCCAACGGCUACGGGCCAGAGAAGAGAGAGAAGGAGGGGUACAAGGGUUAUAGAAACAAUGUGGAGAGACAAGGGAUGAGCGAUACGAGGUUCAUGGCCAACGGUAAGUACUACUAUGAUCUUGACGACGACAGAAACCACGGCCGUUUCUACCAGAAGCAUUACUACAACUACAAACCCACCAAAUACAAUGAGGACUCAAGCUUCAAGAAUCCAUAUAGUUCCAAAAACAUGAUGAAUGAAGAGACCGAGAUGUUUGGGGAAGCGCAAGGAGAUCAGUUCACUCCAUGACCAUGCUUGGAUAAACAAAUCAUAAGUGUUUGCUUACGUAUGUUCGAUUUUUUUUUAAAAGUAAUAUAAGUUAUGAUGGUUUAUAAGUAUCAAAACUAUAUAUCGUUUGCAUAUAAAGUUGGAAGAAUAAAGAUAUAUGAUAUGAUUUUCAUGUUAAUUUUCUGAUGUUUG